UUCUGGCCUGGCUAUGGCGCCUCUCCUCCCCCCCGCCAUGGCUCCCCGUGUCCCUGCUCCGCUCCUCUCAGUGAGUGAAAGUGGCCGCCGCCGCCGCCGGCCCAGCGCCCGCAGCCGCCUCAGCGCCGCCGCCAUCUUGGGGUCCCAGGAGCCGCCGAGGGAGCGAGCUAGGAGCGUCCACGCCCAACGCAGUCACCGUCCCACGGCCUCAGAGAGCAAACCGCGGCUCCACCGUCGGCGGGGCGACCCCCCCCUCCGGACCCCGCCCGCACUCCGCCCCCCCUCCGCCGCCGCCGCGGCGGCGGGGCCCGGCGGCCCGAGCCGUGCAGUCAGAAACUUGUGCAUGAGGACAGAUUUGUUCUAUGGCCUCGGAGUUGGGUGCCGGGGACGAUGGCGGCUAUACUGAGCUCGCAAAGCCCCUCUAUCUUCAAUACUUGGAGAGGGCCCUUCGGUUGGACCAUUUCCUGCGACAAACGUCAGCCAUCUUCAAUAGGAAUAUUUCUAGUGAUGAAAGUGAAGAUGGACUGGAUGACAGUAAUCCUUUAUUGCCCCAGUCUGGGGAUCCCUUGAUACAAGUUAAGGAAGAACCUCCAAAUUCAUUGCUUGGUGAAACUUCUGGAGCAAGCAGUUCUGGAAUGUUAAACACAUACUCAUUGAAUGGAGUUCUGCAGUCAGAAUCAAAAUCUGACAAAGGGAAUUUAUAUAACUUCUCUAAGUUGAAGAAAAGCAGAAGGUGGCUAAAGAGCAUUCUGCUAAGUGAUGAGUCCAGUGAGGCAGAUUCUCAGAGUGAAGACAAUGAAGAAGAAGAAGAAGACGAUGAAGAAGAAGAAGAAGAGCUCAAUCUCAGUAGAGAAGAACUUCAUAAUAUGUUGCGUCUGCACAAAUAUAAGAAACUUCACCAGAAUAAGUAUAGUAAAGACAAGGAGUUGCAACAAUACCAAUACUACAGUGCAGGCCUACUCUCCACAUAUGACCCUUUCUAUGAGCAGCAACGGCACCUUCUUGGACCCAAAAAAAAGAAAUUCAAGGAAGAAAAGAAACUUAAAGCUAAGUUGAAAAAAGUGAAGAAAAAAAGGCGAAAAGAUGAAGAAGUUUCCUCUGAAGAAUCCCCUCGUCGCCACCACCACCAGACCAAAGUCUUUGCCAAGUUCUCUCAUGAUGCACCUCCUCCUGGCACCAAGAAGAAGCACUUAUCCAUUGAGCAGCUUAAUGCCCGUCGCAGGAAAGUAUGGCUCAGCAUUGUGAAAAAGGAACUACCAAAGGCCAACAAGCAGAAAGCUUCAGCUCGUAACCUGUUUCUUACUAAUAGCCGCAAGCUUGCCCACCAGUGCAUGAAGGAGGUGCGUCGAGCUGCCCUGCAGGCCCAGAAAAACUGUAAGGAGACCUUACCUCGUGCCCGCCGCCUCACCAAGGAGAUGCUUCUGUAUUGGAAAAAGUAUGAGAAGGUGGAAAAGGAACACCGAAAACGUGCAGAGAAGGAAGCCUUGGAGCAGCGGAAGUUGGAUGAGGAAAUGCGAGAGGCCAAGAGACAACAGCGAAAACUGAACUUCCUAAUCACCCAGACAGAACUGUAUGCCCACUUCAUGAGUCGAAAACGAGACAUGGGUCAUGAUGGGAUCCAGGAAGAAAUCUUAAGGAAGCUGGAAGAUAGUUCUAUGCAGAGACAAAUUGAUAUUGGUGGAGGAGUGGUAGUUAACAUCACACAAGAGGAUUAUGAUAGUAACCAUUUCAAAGCCCAGGCCCUGAAGAAUGCUGAAAAUGCUUACCAUAUUCAUCAAGCUCGGACAAGGUCAUUUGAUGAAGAUGCAAAAGAAAGUCGAGCAGCUGCCCUACGGGCAGCCAACAAGUCUGGCACUGGGUUUGGGGAGAGUUAUAGCCUCGCAAACCCAUCUAUACGGGCUGGGGAGGAUAUUCCACAGCCUACAAUUUUUAAUGGCAAAUUAAAAGGUUAUCAACUGAAAGGCAUGAAUUGGUUGGCAAAUCUCUAUGAACAGGGUAUUAAUGGCAUUCUUGCAGAUGAAAUGGGCCUUGGUAAAACAGUACAGAGCAUUGCCCUCCUGGCCCAUCUGGCUGAGAGAGAGAACAUUUGGGGACCUUUCUUAAUAAUUUCACCUGCUUCUACACUUAACAAUUGGCACCAGGAGUUUACUAGAUUUGUUCCAAAAUUUAAGGUGCUACCAUAUUGGGGAAAUCCUCAUGAUAGAAAAGUCAUCAGGAGGUUCUGGAGUCAGAAGACCCUCUAUACCCAGGAUGCCCCCUUCCAUGUGGUUAUCACCAGUUACCAGCUGGUGGUGCAGGAUGUAAAGUAUUUCCAGCGAGUCAAGUGGCAGUACAUGGUAUUGGACGAGGCUCAGGCGCUCAAGAGUAGUUCCAGCGUUCGUUGGAAGAUACUCCUGCAGUUCCAAUGUCGGAAUCGGCUUUUGCUUACUGGGACCCCCAUUCAGAACACCAUGGCAGAGCUCUGGGCUUUGCUGCAUUUCAUUAUGCCAACAUUAUUUGAUUCACAUGAGGAAUUUAAUGAAUGGUUUUCCAAGGACAUUGAGAGCCACGCUGAAAACAAAUCUGCCAUAGAUGAGAAUCAGCUCUCUCGCUUACACAUGAUCUUGAAGCCAUUUAUGCUGAGGAGAAUUAAAAAAGAUGUGGAAAAUGAAUUGUCUGACAAGAUUGAGAUUUUAAUGUAUUGCCAAUUGACCAGCCGACAGAAACUGUUAUAUCAGGCACUAAAGAACAAGAUUUCCAUUGAGGAUUUAUUGCAGUCUUCUAUGGGCUCUACCCAGCAAGCACAGACUACCACCAGCAGCCUCAUGAAUCUGGUCAUGCAGUUUAGGAAGGUGUGCAAUCACCCAGAGUUAUUUGAACGACAAGAAACUUGGUCUCCGUUUCAUAUUUCCCUAAAGCCAUACCAGAUUUCAAAGUUUAUCUACCGUCAUGGACAGAUCAGGGUCUUCAACCAUUCACGAGACAGGUGGUUAAGGGUUCUUCUUUCUCCAUUUGCACCAGACUAUAUCCAACAGUCUCUCUUUCACAGAAAAGGUGUUAAUGAAGAAAGCUGUUUUUCUUUCCUUCGCUUUAUUGAUGUAUCUCCAGCCGAAAUGGCAAACCUCAUGCUUCAGGGACUUUUGGCCAGAUGGUUAGCUCUUUUCCUGUCUCUGAAAGCCUCCUACAGGCUCCAUCAGCUGCGUUCCUGGGGAGACCCAGAAGGGGAGAGCCAGCAGAAAUAUCUGAGAAACAGGGAUUUCCUUCUUGGGGUUAAUUUUCCACUCUCCUUUCCCAACCUUUGCAGCUGCCCUUUGUUAAAGUCUCUGGUUUUCAGCAGCCACUGUAAAGCAGUGAGUGGCUACUCAGACCAGGUCAUCCAUCAGCGGAGAUCAGCUACCUCCUCGCUUCGUUGCUGCCUGCUCACUGAGCUGCCAUCUUUUUUGUGCGUAGCCAGUCCACGAGUCACCGCAGUGCCAUUGGAUUCUUAUUGCAAUGACCGAAGUGCAGAAUAUGAGCGGCGAGUGCUGAAGGAAGGAGGGAGUCUGGCAGCCAAGCAGUGUUUGUUGAAUGGGGCCCCUGAACUAGCAGUGGACUGGCUAAAUCGACGGUCUCAGUUCUUCCCAGAGCCAGCUGGAGGACUGUGGAGUAUUAGGCCUCAGAAUGGCUGGUCUUUCAUCAGAAUUCCAGGCAAGGAGAGCCUCAUCACUGACAGUGGGAAGCUGUAUGCCCUUGAUGUCCUGCUGACUCGGCUCAAGUCUCAAGGACAUAGGGUCCUUAUCUACUCCCAGAUGACCAGGAUGAUAGACCUGCUGGAGGAAUAUAUGGUUUACAGGAAGCAUACCUACAUGAGGCUUGAUGGCUCAUCCAAGAUCUCAGAGAGGCGGGACAUGGUUGCUGAUUUUCAGAACAGGAAUGACAUUUUUGUGUUCCUGCUAAGUACGAGAGCUGGAGGACUGGGUAUCAAUCUGACUGCUGCAGAUACAGUGAUUUUUUAUGAUAGUGAUUGGAACCCUACUGUGGAUCAGCAGGCCAUGGACAGGGCCCACCGCUUGGGGCAGACAAAGCAGGUUACUGUGUACCGGCUCAUCUGUAAGGGCACCAUUGAAGAACGAAUUCUGCAGCGAGCCAAGGAGAAGAGUGAGAUUCAGCGGAUGGUGAUUUCUGGUGGGAAUUUCAAACCAGAUACCUUGAAACCCAAAGAAGUGGUUAGUCUUCUUCUAGAUGAUGAAGAGUUGGAGAAAAAAUUGAGACUCCGGCAAGAAGAAAAACGGCAGCAGGAGGAAACAAACAGAGUUAAAGAGCGCAAGCGCAAACGGGAAAAGUAUGCAGAGAAGAAGAAAAAGGAAGAUGAAUUGGAUGGGAAAAGGAGAAAGGAGGGCAUAAACCUGGUGAUCCCUUUUGUCCCCUCGGCUGAUAACUCCAACCUCUCUGCAGACGGGGACGACUCCUUCAUUAGCGUGGACUCGGCCAUGCCCAGCCCUUUCAGUGAGAUCUCCAUCAGCAGUGAGCUGCACACUGGCUCCAUUCCACCCGAUGAGAGCAGCAGUGACAUGCUGGUCAUUGUGGAUGACCCAGCCUCCUCAGCCCCUCAGUCUCGAGCCACCAACUCUCCUGCUUCCAUAACAGGCUCUGUCUCAGACACUGUGAAUGGAAUUUCCAUCCAGGAAAUGCCAGCUGCAGGACGUGGUCACUCAGCCCGAAGCCGAGGCCGCCCCAAAGGUUCAGGAAGCACAGCCAAAGGAGCAGGGAAGGGCCGGAGCCGGAAGUCCACUGCAGGCAGUGCUGCUGCAAUGGCAGGGGCCAAAGCAGGGGCUGCAGCGGCCUCCGCAGCUGCCUAUGCUGCAUACGGGUACAAUGUGUCUAAAGGAAUCUCCGCCAGCAGUCCGCUACAGACGUCCCUUGUUCGGCCUGCUGGCCUUGCUGACUUUGGACCUUCAAGCGCCUCUUCUCCUUUGAGCUCCCCUUUGAGCAAAGGAAAUAAUGUUCCUGGGACUCCCAAGAGCCUCCACUUGACCAGCAGCCUAGCCCCAGACUCCCUGGUCCGGAAACAGGGUAAAGGCACCAAUCCUUCUGGAGGACGGUAACCACCUGGCCCUCCAGCUUUCUUCAACCAAACCAGGGGCUAGAGUCCUGGCCUGCAAAUGGUCUUUGGAUGGCUUGCCCAGUGCAGCAUCUUCCAUCCCAAGUCAGAGGGCAGCGACGACCAAUUGCAACAAGAAAAAGACAGGCAGGUGGUUG